GGCCACGGCCUAUGUCAUUCUGGCUUCCGCAUACAUCUUCGUUCUUGCUCGUAGAGGGGGAAAAAGAAUCCGUGUCCUCGUCGUCCUCUGAUCCUCAAAAAAGCAAGUGAACCAAACUCGCGCGCAAUCCAUCGCGGAGUUGGUUUUCCGGUUCCUCCCCUUCUUAUCCGCGUGAGCUCAAGUUUGGGGCAGAUUCUGAUUGGGAGAGCUGCCGUCGGAAUCGGUCCAUGGGGCAGCCGGAGCAGCCUCUUCGGGAAAUCCAGAUCGACGACGAAUCGACUACAUUGGGCAUAAGAAAGGGAUCACCCUGCAACCAAGACGAUGAUUCUCACGAUGGCAAAAGAAGCAAAUAUUCAGGGCAAGAGCUUCCACAGGACAUUUGGUGUCAUAUACUUUCCCUAAUGACGCUGCGGGAUGCUGCCUGUGCUGCCUGCGUGUCUCGUGCCUUUCUAUGCUCCUGGAGAUGCUAUCCCAACCUCAUAUUCAACACCAAAAUAAUGGACAUGUCGAGGGACAGAGGUUUCACCUGCACAGUUGAUGACAUUUUGAAAAAACACUCGGGCAUCGGUGUGAAGACAUUCGAGCUUGAUUUCUCCCGUUGCUGCAAGCCCAACGUCAAUGAAUAUCUCCAUGGGUGGCUUCAGAUAGUGGUUACACCAGGCAUCAAAAAACUUACCCUUGUGAUGCCUCAGGAGGAAGCUGUCAGCUUCCCUUGCCCUGUUUUAUCUGAUGAGAAUAGAAGCUCGAUCCGGUAUCUUCACCUUGUUCACUGUGCCGUCCGUCCUACAGAUAACCUUUGUUGCUUGAGAAACCUGACGGAGCUGCAUUUUGAUUGGGUUCGAAUCACGGGGGACGAGUUAGGGUGCCUUCUUUCCAGCUGUGUUGCUUUGCAGCGGUUGAAACUCACGAGAUGCCCGGAGAUAACUUACAUGAAGAUACCUUCCUGGCUGCAGCGGCUCAGCUACCUGCAGGUGUUAGAUGCCACAGACUGCGGAUGCUAAGGAAUGAAGCUCCAAACAUUCAUAGUUUUCACUUUGAAGGUGUCCGAGUAGAGGUCUCACUGGGAGAGUCAUUGCGAUUAAAGAACCUACAUAUGAUAUGUUACCGCUUCCUCCAUUAUGUACGUGAAGAGCUUCCAUACAGUGUACCGAAUAUUGAAACUCUUAAAAUAUGUUCACAUAAUGAGUUGGUCAAUACAACUAUGGCGUUCUACCCUAGCAAGUUCCUCCACUUGAAGCACGUGGGUAUCUGUAUUAUUGGGGCCUAUGAUUAUUUUUCUCUGGUUUCUUUUCUUGAUGCAGCUCCUUUAUUGGAGACAUUCGACCUGCGUGUAGAGGCAUUUCAACAUACCAUCGGUGAAUUGCUUUCUGACAAUCCCUCGCAGCUACAGCAGAUGGCAGGAUACCAUCAUGACAAGCUCCAGAGAGUGAAGAUAUGUAGAUUCUACUCUUGGAAGAGCUUGGUUGAGCUGACGUGCCAUAUUCUCGAGAAUUCAUCAUCACUCGAGCACCUUACAUUGGACACCACCGAUGAUCGGUUUGAUGCUGCUACUAGUAAAUGUUCUUAUAACAGAUCAGACAAAUGCUCCUUCUUGGCUAAACCCAUGGACGCCCAUAAAUCAGUCUUGGCAAUCAGAAAACACAUCAAGGGAAAAGUUCCCUCUACAGUUCAGCUGGAUGUUGUGGAGCCUUGCCGCAGGUGUUACCCUAUUAGGCACUUAUCCUAGAUGUUGUUCAGCUGCAUUACACUAGAAGCUGUGGUGAUCAACGUGCAGACAGUCUUUUUUCUUUGAGAAGCUUAGGUUUAGGUACCCGGCUGUUAAGCACUUAUCGUAGAUGUUUUCCGGAGUGCACGGCAUACUGCUUGCAUUACUUUACAUCGAGGAAUGUUGCUUCCAGUCCAGGCCCGUGUUAUGGAGCUAGAUGAUGUGUAGCCUUGCAGCCGGUGCAAUGCUGUUGAGUUGCAGACCUAGAGUUAAGAAGGUGCAGACAAGUUUACCCGGAAGUGUUCAGAGCUGUGCUGUAUUUUUUUUUUGUCGAAAUAUCUUAGGAGGAAAGGGUUUUCCUGCAAUUCAUUAAAAGGAACAGAUUAGCGACUUUUGAUAUUUUUUUGGUAGCCUAUUACGCUAGACUGCUUGCUUAAUUAUUGCUUGCUUUAUGUCCAGGAAGGUGGCUUCCAGGCCAGCUUACUGGGUUGUAAAAAGUCCGGAUGGCGUGUUGACACU